AUGCCUGUGGGUGGUGGUGGGGGAGGCGAAGACAUCAUGCUGCUGGUAUCGAUAGCAUUGACCCCAGCUGCAGCCACUGCACUACCAGCCACAAGUCCUGCACCACCCGGUCCACCAGAAGGCGUAGCAAAGGAGUUGCUAGGGCUCUGGUGCAUUACAUUCGUACCACUGAGAAUAGCAUUGCUCGUUUCGGAGGACAAGGAUCGUACUGAUAGCGUUGCCGUCUCUGUCAAAGACGGCGUCGUUGUCGGGAGCGAAUGCCCAAUUAACAGGGUCGGGCAUCGGGAGCGCUGUGAUAGCGUGAAGCUCUCUACGUAUAAUGUUGUGCGUAAAGUGGUCCAGGUUGAGGUCGUUAUAGUCAUAGCCGAAGGGAUCUUCCAACUCUUCGGCACAUUUCAUGAGGCCACAAUACACGAAGGCAGCCAGUGA